AUGCCUUUCGGAAUCCUCGACUGUAAGAAGUUGGAGAACGUGCCUGGCACGGCCUUCAUGAGCGACCAGGAUGACUUGCCACCAGAAUACGCAGACAUACCUCGAGAAGUACUGAAGCACGGCAAGGGCAGGUUUUCCAACAUCAUCCUGAUUCCUCAGCCCUCGGAUUCACCCAAUGAUCCUCUUAACUGGCCGCAAUGGAAGAAGGAAAUGAUUCUUCUCGUUGUCAGCCUGUCUGCCGCCGUCGUCGGCGCGUUCGGGCCGAUGCUAUCGCCUGGCUUCGUCGAGAUCUCGGCGCAACUCAAUAUCACCGUUGAGAUCUUGUCGCAAGCUACGGCAUGGCUGAUUCUCACCAUCGGUCUCGGUCUCUUUCUGACGAAUCCCUUGGCCAAGAUCUACGGCAAACGGCCGAUCUACAUCCUUGCCAGCUGCAUCAUGUUCGCCUGCUCGAUAUGGGGAGCCAAAGCCGGCAAUUACAACAGCUUCCUGGCUUCAAGAGUCAUCUCCGGCAUCGGCAUGGCUCCGUACGAGGUCCUGGUUCAAUGCACCAUCGGAGAUUUAUAUUUCGUUCAUGAACGCGCGACACGAAUCGCUGUCUGGAAUCUGUUCCUCUUGACCGGCAUCUCCGGCGGAGCCCUCGUUGCCGGCUAUAUCAUCGAGUACGAUGGAUACGAGUGGACGUUCGGCGUCUGUGCCAUUUUCUUUGGCAUCCUGCUGUUUGCGGUGGUCUUCCUGGUGCCAGAAACCACGUUCCGCCGAGACGCUGUUGUCGUCGUUCCGGAUACAGAUACAACCAGUACCGACCCCGAGAAGCCCGGAACGGAACAUGUCCAUAUGAAGCUGGGCCACGAACACGACCUGUCUCAGGCUCACGGAGAGAAGGAGAAGCACCUCUCCUACAGCGCCACCCGGGGCUCCGCCGAACCGAAGAUGUCUUACCUGCAGUCGCUCCGGGUCUUCACCGGCCGAUACAGCUAUGCACCGAUCAUCAAAAUCUUCACUCGACCGGUCAUCCUGUUCUUCUACCCCGCCGUCUUCUGGGGCUUCCUCAUGUACGGCACCACUCUCACGUGGAUCGUAGUGUUCAGCGUCGUCAACGGAGUGAUCUUCGUGGCGCCACCUUACAACUUCUCCGUGUCGCAAGUCGGCCUGAUCAGUUUGUCACCCUUUAUCCUGACCCUGGCGGGAGAGGUCAUCUCCGGGCCUCUGAACGAUGCCAUCUGCGUCUACUUGACGAAGAAGAACAAGGGCAUCUACGAACCGGAAUUCCGCCUGGUGUUGAUUGUGGUUACCGCAAUCCUGGGGACCGUUGGUUUCUUUGGAUUCGGGGCCACAGUCCACUACCAGACACAUUGGUCGGGUCCGGUCUUGACCUUUGGAUUGGCCAACAUGAGUCUGGCGUUCGCCUCGACCUGUGUCUUUGGUUACGUGAUCGAUUCUUACCCGAAGUUGAACGAGGAGGCGUUUGUCGCCAUCAAUGCGCGAAAUCUCCUGACGUUCGGCCUGACAUACUUUGUCAACAACUGGCUUGCCCGUGACGGUCCCUUGGAGGUCUUCUGCAUCCUUGGAGCUCUGUUCUUGUUUGUCUGUUUCUUGACAGUCCCGCUCUGGAUCUAUGGGAAACGGAUUCGAUCGUGGAUUGGCAGGAAUGAAUGGCUCCAGCAAUAUAUGAAUGACGACUUCUAG